GGAACAUUUCGGGAUAUGUGAGAUGCAAGUGAAACUACCUUACAAAGCACCGACAACGAUAUCCCCAAACUCACCAUUUUCACAACAAUAAUGCUAGCUCUCCUGUGCCUAGUACUCCAUCUAACCUUCACCAAUGCUUCCACAUCCAAUGCCAAAACCAUAAUCAUCCUAGCCGGACAAAGCAACAUGUCCGGCCGAGGCGGCGUACAAAACAACACAUGGGACGGCGUCGUCCCAUUCCAAUGCCAACCCAACCCAUCAAUCCUCCGUCUAACCGCCAACCUCACAUGGGUCCAAGCCCAUGACCCACUCCACAAGGACAUUGAUGUCCUAGCAACAUGUGGAGUGGGUCCGGGUAUGCCCUUUGCUAACAGGUUGUUGCAAAGGGACCCGAGCUUGGGCCCAUUGGGCUUGGUUCCAUGCGCGGUUGGUGGUCUAAUGGGGACUAAGAUUAGUGAGUGGGGGAGAAAGAGGUGGUUGUAUAAGCAGGUUUUGAUGAGGGCUAAGGUGGCUCGGAGAGCGGGUGGUUCGGUUCGAGGGGUGUUGUGGUUUCAAGGGGAGAGUGACACGAUUAGUGAAGUGGAUGCAAGGAAGUAUAAGAGACGGUUGGUGAAUUUGUUUGGUAAUUUGCGGGCUGAUCUUGGAGAUCCUCUGCUCCCAAUUGUUCAUGUGGCUAUAACUUCAGGACAAGGACACUAUGUGGAAACUGUGAGAAAAGCACAACUGGGAAUCAAGCUUCCGAAAGUUAGGUGUGUGGACGCCAAGGGCUUGCCAUUGCUACAUGAUAAACUGCACCUUAGCACCCCGGCUCAGGUGCGUCUUGGUCGGAUGUUAGCCGAUGCGUUCCUCAUGCAAGAACAUGUGGCCUCACCAAGCAACAAUACCUCAAGCCCCUAGUAAUAAGUGUGUUAGUUUGAUGACAUGGUGUGUUGUGUUAUUUUGCAAUUCAAAGAAGAAUAAAUUUUGUUUCUUGAAAGGAAAUAUGCACAACAUAGUUCCUAUGAUAUGUAGGGGUGUGCACUUCGGUAUUAACAAAUAACUGAUUGUUUUGGUAACUGGAAAUGCAAAUCGUUCCAGUUCGGUUAA